AUGCGACCAGUCCUCCUUAAUCGUUAUGAAGAGUGGAGGAAGUUCGCUUACCCUACCAUCCGGAAGAUCCGUCGUGAUCUCGACUUUGCGAUGUCACCUGAGGUCUCGACUCUCUGCUCGAAAGAAGGAAACGAUAUCUUCGUUAGGGCGCGCAACGCCCGUCUCAUUAUGAGCAAUAAUAUUCCCGAUAUGACCCACGACGAGCAUAAACCCUACUGCAUCUGGUAUCCCGACUUGGCCAGUGAAGAUACCUAUCGGGAGCUUGCUCUACGAUACCCCGACCUGCGGUAUCAUGUUGGUCGUGCUUGUGCAGCUGCGGGCUAUACCUCGCUGUACGAGGACCUCAACCUACUCCCAGAAGUGUCCAUUGCUGAAGAGGCGCGGGAUAAUAAGGAGGGCGGUACAUCCAUCUUCGAACACAUCAUCAGCCAGCCUGUAAGGUACAAGAUUUUGAAUGAUUACAUGAGGACUGCGAACCUCGAAGAUCCUGAAGCCGGAGUGCAUCUAAACGGCGACACCGCUGUGUGUUCUACCUUGUCUGGUGUUUACAAGCCAGACUUGUGUCGCCGUUACGAGCACUACUUUGAUAUCCAGGAAGACGCCAGAGUCGGCGAACCUAGCGACCCUAGCCUACAUCAAACGUUGGAGGAUGAGCACAUUUCUCUUUUUUACUCACCACUCCCAAACGACUUGCCUACUACCAACAAGGACGUCCUGAUAAUCAUGGCUGCCUGGGAGGGCAACAUCGACCGCUACUUAAGACUUCGACGCCCCUUCCGGAUCGCCAAUGAGAUAUCAGCGGUGAUCCGAGGUAUAUACCACCACACUCCGUUUGCGCGUUGGGUCGAAACGCACCUGAAGGAGCUGUUUUAUGGUCACGAGUGGAAGGUACUCCGACAAGCCAUUCACGCCCGAUUCAUCAUGAGCAACGACCUCUCUCGCAUUCACGGAGAAGUAUCGGGCUCUGACCUACCAUUGGUCUUCUGGUGGCCUCACUUUCCUCAUCAAAACACAAUCCGAGAACUGGCUUGGCGUCGCCCCGACCUGAAGGACCACGUGGCGAUAGCUUGCAUCGUGGCAAACUACCAAGAGGUCUUUGAUGAGCUCAAGGCCGAGCCGAGCCGGCGACAGUGGGAGGUUGCUUGUCAAAGCCCCAACGCCCACUACCGGGAAAACAUUGAGCGACGCGCUGCUGAAUGGGAUGUCGACCUCGAGAUCCCGGAAAACCUGGAUUUUCUGCACGGCAUACCCGCGUGCUGGGAGUGGAGGAAAGCGUAUCUUCAGUUCGAGCUGGAGUCCAGCGGCUGCGUAGAAAUGCCUGACGCUCUCGUAAACACGCCUUACGAACACGGAGAUGAUUCGGCAUGGUGGGAAGACGAGUGGUUCGAACCCGGACAUCUUUUUGACGACCACUUGCAGCUCAGCGUGAUGGCCUGGAAUACCUAUAUCAGUGCAACGGAUGAGGCGAGGAAGAAGCCAGGCCCGUUAUAUUCGUCCGAGAAAGACUUUGAGCGUCGGCGUUUGAGAUCGGGGCCUUAUCCGUCCUCACGCAAGAACCUAGUCUCCCAUUAUGGAUCCGAUAGCCAGAAGAUCGGCUAUUAG